GUUCGAUCCUCGGACAGCCAGUAUCCCAGAGUGCCCCAUCCCCGCAGCCAAUCAGAAUCCAGCGUGGUGGCCGGUGUGUGCGGCCUGUGCUCGGUGCUUCGUUCUCGCCGCCGUGAGGUUGCGGCGGCGGCGGCGGCGGCGCGAUGCCGCACCGGAAGAAGAAAUCGUUCAUCGAGAAGAAGUCGGCGGUGACGUUUCACUUGGUGCACAGGAGCCAGAAGGACCCAUUGGUCGCCGACGAGAAAGCCCCCCAGCGAGUUCUGCUGCCAGCUGAGAGGGCCGACUUGCAGAAGCAGAAAGAGGAAGAGAGGAAGUACGGCAUCUUCUUCGACGAUGCUUACAACUACCUGCAGCACCUGAAGGAGGCGUCUCCAGUCGCUGAACUCGUGGCCUCCAGCCCAUGGCCGCAGGGAGCCCAGCCGGCAGCUGCUUCGGGAGACGGUGUGCAACGUGAGGUGCAGCAGAUUCCCAGCUGCUCCAUUAACCUGCCGUCGUCAGUGUUUGCCUCGGAGUUUGAAGAGGAGACGGGCCUGUUGAACAAAGCUGCUCCUGUGCGAGGACCCCUCCCGGAGCUGGACCCGGAUAUCGUGGCUGCUCUGGAUGAUGACUUUGACUUUGACGACCCAGACAACGUCCUGGAGGAUGACUUUGUGAUGAAGGCUGUGGGCAGAGGGAGCGAAGUGGUUGCUCAGACGGGAUCUGACGGUGAAGAUGAUUGGGAGGAUACGGAGGACGAGGAUCCUGACUCGGACGGUGCCCUGUCCGAUGAGGACAGCUCACAAUCCGGCAGCAGCGGAGGGGGCCCCCGGGAGUUCCUCUUUAUGGAAGAAGAGACUAGAAGUCGUUUCACCAACUACUCCAUGACAUCGUCAGUGAUGAGGCGGAAUGAGCAGCUCACGCUGUUGGACGACCGGUUCGAGAAGCUGUACGAAGAGUAUGACGACGACGAGAUUGGGGCUCUGGAUCACCACGAACUAGAGGGCUGCAUUCAGGCGGACAGUGAGCGGCUUGGUGAAGUCAUCUCAGAUUAUCACAAUCAGAAGUCGAAAGACUGUCAGAUGCCAGACGAUCUGGGUCCAAGAGCGGAGGUACUGAUACAGGAGGAGGAGGAGGGGCCAGGGGAGAUGGAGACCCUGGUCACUGAGGAACCCACAGAGCGAUGGGACUGUGAAUCCAUUCUCAGUACCUAUUCCAAUCUCUACAACCACCCAAAGCUGAUAACAGACCCGCCGAAGCCUAGUACGAUCAAGAUUUCCAGUAAAACAGGAAUCCCAUUGGGUGUGUUACCCAGACCGAGUCUCACAGCAAAACAGCUGGAACGGAUGGAAAUGAUCAACGCCAGUGACCUGCCGAGGGCUUCCACACAGACCCGUCAGCGCGGGGAGAGCAAGGAAGAGAAAAGGUUCCGGAAACAGGCGAUUAAAGUGGAACGGAAGGAGCGAAGAAUUGAGAAAAAAUCCAACAGAGCAGCAUUCAAGGUGGAGAAAGCACGACAGGAGCAGGUGCUACUGAACCUGAGACAGAACUUGCAAGGGAUUAAACUCUGAGGGUCGGCGAUGGGGGUGGCACAUUUACCCCUCCCACAGGGGUUGGACCAAGGGAGAAUGUUACCUCAGACUCGCAACUUGGCAAGUGGUCAUCCCAACGCUGGACGCAAGCGAACUGAUGGUCGUGGCUCACUCUGGGGAACCUCCAACCCUUUGGGAGCAGCAGUGACCCCAGACCUUCUCCACAAAAGUAACCUCGCUGGGCAUCAAAGGAUGAAGCUCUGAGAGGGGAAGGGUGUGGGGAAGAGGGGCUCCUUCUGCAGUAUCCAGUGAUGAUCCUUGCCGGGUACUUCGAAGAAUAGAAAUUGGAUUGUUUUCGUACAUCUUCAUAAAAAUGUUUUGUGAAACGAGUUGUGGGGUUGCUGGCAUUGUUGGUGUGGUGUAGUGAGGGUGUUGGCUGUGGUUGUUCCCUUGGCAGAGGAGUGCUUCAGUAGGAGGUCCUUCCCUCACCCAGGGGUCAGAGAAUGGUGAACCUCUGCGCGUGAUCCAGCCCAAUGCUUUCUGCCGAGUUGAGGGAGGGCAGCACUGUCGCAGGUGUGACCCUUUGGCUGUGAUACUCCGUUUUAACCCUUCUGACAUCUCUUGGUGUUUGUCUGAGGUAGAGAAAGGACUUUGGCCAAUAUUUCUCGGAGCAGAAAAGUUUAAGAGAUACGUAACUGAUCUAUUCUGGCCUCAACUCCUCUUUGAUGACGGUUCCAUCGAUCUUGAGAAUCGGUGAUGGGAUUUAAGGCAUUUGAGCUUAAGCAGGGAUUCUUUUCUCAGGGGGAACUCCCAAGCUGUUCAAUGAUCUGCUCUUGGAUCUGGAGAGCUCAAUGCACCGUUGUCUUGAAUAACCAGCCUCCAAGCACACAAUAUGGUGACAGCACCUUGAUGUUCUAGGCACUGCCUCAUUCAAGAUGAAAUAAUAAUGUGCUCUUCCUCAAUUAUCCCUUUUCUCCGAGGAGUGGGGUUCAUUCCUGGCCCCACACCCCGCGCAAAAAAAAAGUUUCAAAUGAAUAAUUGUCCAAAGUUGAGUGAAGGCCCGGUGAAAGGAAACACUGGAGGGAAAGGAGAGGGAAAUGGCUUCCUUUGUCAACCCUAGCAACCGUUGCUACAGAGGGCAGUGUGGUCUGACACACGUGAGGGGUGAAGGGAGUCUGGUCACUCGCCUACCCGCAGACCCACACCAUCCGGUUUAGAGACCGAGUUUCAAUCAGCAGGCAGGAAAUGAAUGCUUCUCGUAAGUAGGUGGACGGCUGUUGACCCUUCAAACCCAUCACUGGCACCAUCAAAGACAGCGUAUAUAGAAAUGAUGCAACAACAGGGUUACAAAGGCAGAGCACUGCCCCAUCCAGGUCGGGGAGUAAACUGGGGCAGAGGGCUCAUUGUUCUUGUAACAGCCCCAGUCGUGUGAUGCUAGCACUAUUAUCAACAUCACAAUAGCCAUUCUUCAUGUAUCUCCAGCAGGGGCCCUGCAAGCUUUGGCAGCUUCAAUAAACCUUAAUGGGCCCCCAGUGGAGAAUACCCAUGCAGGGCGGAGGAUGGGAUUCAAGUGCAGGAAUUCUGAGGACAGUAGCCCUUUUCCCUUGGGCUCCUUUGUGGAAAAGAUCUGUUGUGUUACCUGCCCCAGUCCCACUUUCACUUGGACGCACCUUGGGAGAGGUUGUGGGGUUAUGGUGGCCAACAGUGCAAUGGGAUAAAGGGACAGCUUCUCCAGAGAACUACAGUGCACCCUUACCCUGCGAUUUGAUGUUUAAAGGGCUGGUCAAUUCACACUGAGUCCUGUAGACUAAGAACAAUUAGAAUGGGUUUCUGAUAAUUCAGCCACUUAUUCUGCCUGAACCUCCACUCCCAUAGACAUCUAGCACAUUUUAUACUUUGCAUUUCUAUUUAAAUCUUGGUGUUAAAGGAAGCCACCUCCCUCCCCUUUACGAUGCCCAUCUUCCCGCUCCAGUUGAAAUGAGAAUGACGUAGUAUCCUUGACGUUGACCGGAGUGUUAUCAAAGCAAGUUUUGACACAACCAUUGGAAAGAGAUAUUUGGACAGGUGGCAGGUGGGUUUUCAUGGUGAGUUCAGAGAAGAGGGGGCCGGGGAGGUUGUGGAGAGAGUGUGGGGCUCUAGGGCCUGAUCACCCAUCACUGCUGUCUCACUGUCCUCCACUGGUCCAACACGUCUCAGCCUGAAGGUUCCCAACCUGGUUUUCAAAUCCCUUCAUAUUUUUGCCUAAUUUCAACAUCACAAUAGCCAUUUUUUCACCCAGAGAGUGGUUGGGGCAUGGAAUGCACUGCCUGGGGUGGUGGUGGAGGCUGAUACAUUGGACAGGUUCAAGAGUUUGUUGGAUAGGCACAUGGAGGAAUGUGAGAUAGAGGGAUAUGCGGGAGGAAAGGGUUAGAUAGUGUGAGGGUGGUUUGAUGGACGGCACAACAUGGUGGGCCGAAGGGCCCGUUUUGUGCUGUAUGGUUCUAUGGUUCCCUGGGCAACCCUUGGAGAUCUACACUCCUCCAGUCAUGCCCAUGUUAACUUGAAUUUAAUCCCUAAAAGAACAUAAGCAUUCAAAGAGAGUAGUCUGAAGGCUUGAUCUUGCUUUUAUCAACGGUUCCUAUAUUAUGUACUCUCUCUCUCUCCACCACCCCCGCUAUUUGAGGGGGUGUUUCACAAAACUACUAAACAGGCUGAAAAAGCGUUUUCUAUGGAGAAAGCAUCAAUUCUUUCAUUUGUCACUUUCUACGCUUAACCUAUGUAGUAACUUGUGGAAAAACAACUUUAUGUUAUGUAUUUGUCAUGCUGAGUAGAUUUGUAACAUUUAUUUGAUUGUACAAAUUAACCCUGAGCAGUUAAAUUCAAGUGUAUCACAAAACUACUCAGUAGGCUGAAAAAAUCCUGACUUGCGUUGAUGCUUCUGCACCUUCCUUUCUGUUGAGCUGUCCUUAUCGCAGGACCACAUGGCAUUGGACCCAGGAUUCCUGAAUCCUUGCCUGUGACCUCAGUGGCUCUUUCCCCCUUGAGCUCCAAUAACCCUCCUCCCUACAUUGCUGUCAUAUCUAUCUUCCCCCUCUGCCCAGCUGCCCCCACAGUCUAUAACCACCACCCUCCAGUGAUGAGUGGUCUUCACUGCCUCAGGAAGAACAGAAUGUUUAGCCAUCACUGCAAUGCCUCUGAAAUAUUGUAGGAAACGGGGAAGUCAUUUUUGUGCACGACAGUCCCCAAAAACGGCAUCUCCAUCCAAGGACAGAUGAAUAUUGCCCCAGGACAGUGGGGAGAAGCUCUCCCAAAUGUUGCAGUGGGAUAUUUUACAACCACUUGAGAAGGCAGACAGCCCCUUGGUUUAACAUCUCAUACAGCACGGAAAAAGGCCCUUCGGUCCAACUCAUCCAUGCUGUCCAAGAUGCCCAUCUAAGCUAGUUCCAUUUGGCCCAUAUCCCUCUAAACCUUUCCUAUCCAUGUACCUGUCCAAGUGUAUUGGUUUAUUAUUGUCACUUGUACUGAGGUACAGUGAAAAACUUGUCUCGCAUACCGAUUGUACAGAUCAAUUCAUUACACAGUGUAUUGAGGUAGUACAGGGUAAAACAAUAACAGAAUACAGAGUAAAGUGUCAUGGCUACAGGGAAGUGCAUUGCAGGUAGACACUAAGGUGCAAGGUCAAACAAGUUCAUCUCAUCGUAUAAGGGAACUGUUCGAUAGUCACCAUGGGAUAAGAUGUCUUUUUUAUUAGUUGUGUACAUCGAAACACACAGUGAAAUGUAUCUUUUGUGUAGAGUGUUCUAGGGCAGCCCGCAAGUGUUGCCACACUUCUGGCACCAACAUAGCAUGCCCACAACUUCCUAACCCGUAUGUCUUUGGAAUGUGGGAGGAAACUAG